GUUCAACGCGGUGCGAGUGUAGUCCUCGACGGAAAGCACCCCAACACUGACGCUGUCUGUCUGCCAGUUUCUCCGCCGCUCGAGGUCAUCAUCCCCUCGUUUUCCACCUUCGUCGCCUUGUCUAGUUCCCUCGAUCUUCCUGUUCCAGAAGAAAUUGUCAGGCGCACUGGAGAGUUGAUGCACCUUUGCUCUGCUCUCCCUCUCGAUCACGUCACACUCCAUGACGAAGUUUUUCCAGUUCUCUCCAGCAUCUUGGGCUUGCCUGUUGAGCUAGGAUUCUGUUGCAACACUAUCACCGUCACUGCUCCUCCGCCGUGCUCGGAUACCGCCGUGUUGACUGUAAUUGAGCUCGACAUCGAAGACGGGUACGGCGGACGCAUCGCACAAAGCACGUACAUCGACUACUAUCGGAGCCCGCCCAAAAUCAUCAGCCACAGCUGCUCAGUGCCCUCAUUUCUGAUUGGCAUCGCUGGUCCACGGAUGUCCAUUUUUGGCGCGACCAUUGCAAGGCAGCCCAUUGUGCAACGCUUGACGCGAGACCUAUGGCUCGCACGGGAUCACCCCCUAGACGAUGCCGUGUUACUGGAGAACGCGCGUGUUCUUUACGCCCUCGCGCGUGGGCUGGAGUCUUUGCGCGCCUUCUACGCCACCCUCGGACCCCUCCCGACGCCCGAGUCCGAAACGGCCCGUUUCUUCCCUCUCGCGACCCGCUUCCGCGACGCUGGCGGUCGCGUCGUCGCAUUCACAUACGUCGGCAUGCUCAACAGCACCGACGGAAGCGCGACCGUCUUCCGUGCCCGCAUCGAUGCGGACGAGCCGGGGCACCGCGACGUGGUCGUCAAGUUCGUCAGCCACUACGGCGCGGACGCACACCGCCUUCUCGCGGACGCGAAGCUGGCACCGCAACUGCUGUAUUGCGGCGACGUAUGGGUGGAAGAGCCUCGGUACCACGGUCACAAGAUGGUGGUCAUGGAAUACGUUGAGGGCGUUGUGGCGUUUUGCUCGCAUCAGCAGAACGCCGCUCUCCCCGAGGUGACACGGGCGAUCGGGCUGUUGCACGCUGGUAAGAUGGUGCUUGGGUAUGUGCACGGGCACAACGUGUUGUUGCUCCCGGGGUGGGAAGAAAAUGCGAAGGAUAAAGUGAGGAUUAUCGGCUUCGACUGGGCAGGACGUGUUGGUGAGGCACGGUAUCCGUGCCGUCUUCCGAAGCAGGUGUUUGCGGUGGACGGUGUGAAGGAGUAUGGGUUCAUCGACCCGGCUCAUGACACAGGGAUGCUAGCUUCAUUUUGCAGCGCUCACGGACCUUGA